CAACCGAAACAGGAAGUGUGUAUCAAGCAAGCCCAAUUGUCGGUCCCUGUUUGUUGGAUUCAGUCUUCAGUGGCUAAAUGGCCAAGGAGUUUCCGUCUGUGAGCGCUUCGACCAUGAUUAAUAGUCGUGUUUCCCUCGAGGCAGAGGGUCAGAGCAGAUAUCCGCGCCGAUACACAGGCAGCGAGCAGAAUGACCUCAGGGCAAGAGCACGCCCUCCUGGCACCUCUCACACCAUGUCUGCAUCUCCGGCUGGAUCAGAUGCAGUACAAGAGACCGCACGAGUGGAUGACUGUGAGAGGCUGGGUACUCUUUUUGGGAUGGUCAAUAAGUGCUUGAAAGCCAUGGGCUUUGCAGAGCUCUACUUCGGGGAGAAGAUUGUAGACCCUGUGGUGGUGCUUUUCUUCUGGCUGCUCCUCUGGUUCCUCGGCAUCCAGGCCCUGGGUCUUGUCGGAACUCUUUGUAUUAUCAUCAUAUACAUCCAACAGUAGUGGCCAAAGCAGGAUGGGAUGAUUUUGAUUCUUUGUGUCUUGGCAUGAUCUGUGUUUCUCAGCGUAACGAAUGUCUUGUUCCAAUGAAUAGCAUUAUAUCAUGCAAUGAGUCUAGGACUCUCUCCUAUCUGAGCCUCCAAUGACUAUAUACGAGGGUGAGUUAAAAAUGAUCCGCCCUCUGGCUGUAUAAUUAAUUUUAAUUCAAUUUUAGAAAAGACAAAUACAAUAUUUUUUAGACAUCUCAUUGUUUUCAAUACACUUUUUCCUUCUGUCAACAAGCUUUUGUAUUCCUUUGUUAAAAAUGUUCUAGGGUGAGCUGCAAGCUAUGAACACACCACUAUUUUCACUUCUUCACCAGUAAUGAUUCUCUUUAAGAAACCUUUACCAUCCUUACCUUCCUUCCCUACAGAAGUGACUGAGAGGUCAGUAGCCAACAGAUGUUUUAAUAUAACCAGAGUGCGGAUAAUGUUUGACUCACCCUUGUGUGUGUGUGUGUGCGCAUAUAUACAAUUGUGUAAUUUGCACAUACACUAUGCUGUGCAAAAGUAUUCAGGUUUUAUGAAGUUUUAUAUAUGCUUUAAUUUUUUUUUUUUUUUUCAGAAACAAACUUUUGUGUCAUCUACAAUUUUGUAAAUGGAUGUUACUACAUAGGUAGGAUCAGAAAGCUGAUAUUGAAGGGUUGCUUGUCAUCUAUGCACUAAUUUAGACGUUUUUGAUAUGUAUGUUUCUUUAACGAUAGUUUUAUUGGAUGUUGAGGAAGUACAUAUCUAUAGCUAACAUGGAUGUUAAUGAAGGAAGCACUUUAAGACGAGACUUUAAGAUAUUAUUUUGUUCUACUGUAUUCAAACAAAAGGACACAUACCAACCUUGGAAAUAGAAGGAAUUAAGUUUUUUAAAUUUGUUUUAUCUUUAGACCCCUGGAGAUGUUAGUGCAUUCUCCACACAAGUGCACUAGAGGGCAACCUCUUGCUGCUCAUUGGUUUCUAGAAAACCAAUAAAAAAAAUAGUAGAAUGAACAUUAAAAAGUACCAAUGCAUGACAAGUCAUUCACAGUCUUUAACAAGAACUGUGCGUAAAACAAAUAAUUCCUUUUUAAUGUUUAUAUAAAUUAAGUCUUAGUCUUUAUAAAUAUAAAGUGCGUCUGUUUGUGUCUCUAUGCGCGCACACAUGUGUGUGUGUAUUGGGGAAGGUUACUCUAUGUUGAACUUAUUAGAGUGUUUUUAUAUAUUAUGCCCGGUGUUCUAGGGAUAGGCUCAGGAUGCAUGAUGAUGUUAAUCAUGACUACUAGAGAUAAAUGGAUUAAUGAGGAAUGACAAUUUUCCCCUUCUGUGUUCUGCUGAGAAACACAUUUGUUCACCCAAAUAUGAUAUGAUUACAAUAUUAUGAAAAGGUGUAUACUCCUUUCAUUGUUACAUCCUUGUGAUUCUAAGAUUCUUUAACUGCUUUUUAAAAAAUCAAUUCUUGAAAAUAUAUUCAUAUAUAUGUAUAUAUAUUCGAGUAAUAACAUGUCAAAAAACAUGUGCUGAUACUUUAAAGUUAAUGCCGGGCUAAAGUCUGUUUUUUUUUUUUUUUUGUCUUUUUUUUUUUUAAAGGGUUUUUGAAUAGAAAACAAGGCCAUAUACAGCUGCCUCGCAUCUAAAAAUUUAUUGUGAUUAUUAUGAUUAUUUGUAUUUCUAACUGCAGAGUUGUUUAAGUUACAGCUGUAACAUAGGCAAGCAGUAUGUUUUGAAUAUGAUUGUAAUUCAUUAAAAUGAUGAAGACAGUU